CAUUAAGAACGUUUCUGCAGCUGGAGGAGUUUCAGAGGACUAUAACCUCAGCAUCCUUGAGGCGCCUGCAUUGUUUUUCUCUGCCUCUCCUUAAAGCAAACCAACAGGAAGGAGGAUUUCUCUCUUUUUUAUUUUUUAUUUUAUUCCCGGAGCGCUUCUUUCACCAUGAGCGCCGGACAGAACUACGAGAAGAAGAUCGCGAGUAUUCUAACAGAUCUACCCGGAUCUAUGAGCUGCCAUCCGAGCUCCAAAGACUCCCCGACUCUCCCCGAGUCCUCGGUGACGGACAUGGGCUACUACAGCGGACAGACGUCCCACGGCCACCAUGAGUAUUACCAGAGCCAGGCGUACGGACAGCCGAUCAACUCUUACCACCAUCAGUUUAAUUUGAACGGGAUGGGAGCUGCUGGAGCCUAUCCAACCAAAUCAGAGUAUCCCUACACGAACAGCUACAGACAGUACGGACAUUACAACAGAGAUCACCUGCAGGCCUCCCCUCCGGGUUCAGUGAAAGAGGAGCCAGAGCCUGAGGUCCGCAUGGUGAACGGAAAGCCAAAAAAGAUCCGCAAACCGAGGACGAUAUACUCGAGUUACCAGCUGGCUGCCCUGCAGAGGCGCUUCCAGAAGGCGCAGUACCUGGCGCUUCCUGAGCGCGCGGAGCUGGCGGCCCAGCUGGGCCUCACUCAGACACAGGUCAAAAUCUGGUUCCAGAACCGGAGAUCCAAGUUCAAGAAGCUGUACAAAAACGGUGAAGUCCCGUUGGAGCAUAGUCCCAAUGCCAGCGACUCCAUGGCCUGUAACUCUCCGCCCUCCCCCGCCGUGUGGGACAGCAGCAACCCCCCUCAGAACACGCCGAUCGGCCGGCCUCAGGUGCAGCAGCCGGCGCACAGCGCGUCUCCGCCCUACCUGGAGGAUUAUUCCAACCACUGGUACCAGCAGGGGUCACACCUACAGCACCACCCGGUGCCGCAGCAGAGCGUGGGAGCUGUUUACUAACUCGGACUCAGGCGCAGAUCCUCAGCUCUACCCACAGACAGUGACUCUGCAGAGCAAACUUCCCUGGAGCCAGAGGAGGUCGGAAACUUUCUGUCUCUCGAUGAUCGCAGAGUUUUCAGAGCUGGGAAUCCAGUUUUAAAAAGCACAUAAGGGAUUUCUAAUCACUUUUGGCAGCAUAUUUAACAGACAUCUGGUGUGUUCUUUAAAUUAUUUAUCUUUUUUUUUCUUCAUAUGUUUAACUUCUUUUGUAAAUUAAUAUGCAAAGAAUUUGAA